AUGGCGGCUACGUUGUCGUUCCGUAGCGGCAGCAUGUUCUCUACCGCGGUCAGACGCACCACACGGGGCGUCUACAACAAACGCACCUUCGCAACGUCCCCGGCCACCCGGCAAGCCACUCCCAAAGACACGACAUCCGACCUGAUGGGCCUGAACAAGAUCUCCUCCACCAUAACGUCUCCCAAAUCACAAGGUGCCUCCCAGGCCAUGCUCUUCGGCACCGGCAUGACAAAAGAAGACCUCCAGAAGCCACAAGUCGGCAUCUCCUCGGUUUGGUUCUCGGGCAACCCCUGCAACAUGCACCUAAUGGACCUCUCCAACGUCGUUCGCCGCGGCGUCGCCGAAGCCGGUCUCCAACCCAUGCAGUUCAACACCAUCGGUGUCAGCGACGGCAUCAGUAUGGGCACCACCGGCAUGCGCUACUCCCUUCAAUCACGCGAGAUCAUCGCCGACAGCAUCGAGACUGUCAUGGAAGGCCAGUGGUACGAUGCCAACAUCAGCAUUCCCGGCUGCGACAAGAACAUGCCGGGCGUCAUGAUGGCCAUCGGUCGACUCAAUCGCCCUUCUAUCAUGGUCUACGGCGGCAGCAUCGCUCCCGGCUGCGCCAGGACCCAGAACAACGCCGACAUCGACAUCGUCAGCGCCUUCCAAGCCUACGGCCAGUUCCUCUCCGGCGACUUCACCGAAGAGCAACGGUUCGACGUUAUCCGGAACGCCUGUCCCGGCGAGGGCGCCUGCGGCGGAAUGUACACGGCCAAUACCAUGGCCUCCGCGAUCGAGACCCUCGGCAUGACCCUGCCCGGCUCCUCCUCAUCCCCCGCUGCCGGCAAGGCCAAACAACUCGAGUGCCUGGCCGCGGGAGCAGCCAUCCGCCAACUCCUCAAGCUCGACCUCAAGCCUCGGGACAUCAUGACCCGGGGCGCAUUCGAGGACGCAAUGACCGUCGUCAUGGCUACAGGUGGCAGCACCAACGCCGUCCUGCACUUGAUCGCCAUGGCAGAUGCCUGCGGCAUCACCCUCACCAUCGACGACUUCCAAUCCGACCUGCACAACGUUGGCGGUAUCCCAGCCCUGCUGAAAUACCUCAUUGCUGAAGGCCUUGUCAAGGGCGAGCACAUGACUGUUACCGGCAAGACACUCAAGGAGAACGUCUCAACGGCACCAGACUUUCCGUCUGACCAAAAAGUCGUCCUACCGCCCUCCAAACCAAUAAAAGAGACCGGCCACCUUCAAGUCCUCCGCGGCAGCCUCGCGCCUGGUGGCGCCGUCGGCAAGAUCACCGGCAAAGAAGGCCUACGCUUCACGGGCAAAGCAGCUGUCUUUGAUUCUGAGCCCGCAUUCAUCGCUGCCAUGGAAGCUGAUAACGGGGCUACGAUCCAGAAAAUGAAACAGCAGAAGACUGUCGUCGUGAUCCGAUAUGAGGGGCCCAAGGGCGGGCCAGGCAUGCCGGAGAUGCUUAAGCCUUCCAGCUUGAUCAUGGGCGCUGGAUUGGGGAAGGACGUAGCGCUGAUCACGGAUGGACGAUUCUCAGGCGGUUCGCAUGGGUUCUUGAUUGGGCAUGUGGUGCCUGAAGCGCUGGAGGGUGGGCCGAUUGCUUUAGUGAGGGAUGGAGAUGAGAUCGUUAUUGAUGCAGAGAACAGGAUAAUGGACUUGAAGGUUGAAGAGAGCGAACUGGAGCAGAGGAGAAAGCAUUGGGAGGCGAAUAGGCCGAGGCCGAGGGUGGAGAGGGGCACGUUGGGCAAGUAUGCGAGGUUGGUGCAGGAUGCGAGUCGAGGGGCUGUGACGGAUGCUGUUGCUUGA